AUGAGGAGUGACACCGCUUCCUCCCAGGUACAGUUAGAACCUUGUGAUCGUUUUUCUGACCUGCCUGAUAGCAGCGGGCUACUGCUCCGGACCUGGCACCCUCACCACUGGCACCCUGGCCACACGCCCACACCCCGUGUCCCAGGCCCCUCUGCCUUGCACUUUCUCGGCACAUUCUUCCUUUCCACGGCAGCCCUGCGGGUGCUCUACGUACAGGAGUCUCACCCAUGCGUGGACAGCAGCCAGCGGCACGUGCUGGGGCGGGAGGCUCAGCACCGCUGGGCACGGGACCCACCGACACCCUCGUGCGGCCCGGUCGCCCGGCCCCGCCCCGUGCGGGUGGGCAGCGUGGGUGGGAGCACUGGGUGGCACACCCCAGACCACAGGAGCUGGGGGGAAAGGCCGCAGGUGUCCACGGGACGCCCCCUCGGUGUCUCGGGAAGCAGCGGCUUCUGGGGACACGGACGCACACACGUGGCGUCGCGCCGAGCCUUCCCCGGAGGCCCUGGUGACCCGCCCGGCUCCCCGGCUCCGCGCCCCCCCGCUCGGCCUGCGGGCCCGUGGACUCGAACGCCCCCGACUGCGCAGCGCUCCCGUGGGGACGUGAGCAGGGAAGCGCCGGGACAGCGCGCUCGGGAGCCCCCCGCGCACCCCCGGAAUGCUGGGGACGCCGAGGCGAGCGGCUGCGCCGGCCGGUCCCCAGGGUCGCGUCCGGAGGGCUGGACGCUGGCGAGCGCGCGUGGGGGCGGGGAGCGCCGCGCGGGUCGCACGCUGGGCGAGCUCGCUCCGCUUCGCGGCUGUAUCGUCCGCGGCGGAGUGCUGGGCGCGUCACGUGGCCCUGACAGGUCCUGCCUAUGGCGCGGCGGACCACCCACGCCGAGGGCCAUGGAGCUGCUUAAUAGGAACAGGCUUGCGAUUGUGCGUCGGCGCUGCGCUCGCCGGGAGCCUGCGGCCGCCCCGCGCGCCGGGGCGCUGACACCUUCCGUGCCUUUUGUGAGGACGCAGGAGGACAGGACGCCCGAGAAGGAGACGGCGGCGACGGGGGAGACAAAGAGGCCCGGCGGAGACGACGCAAGACCGGAGAGGACGGGGGAGCGGACGGCGGCAGGGGCCGGGGACGGAGCUGAUGUGAAGCCCGAGCGCCGCGUGCGCGCCACCGCCACCGCCACCGCCACCGCGCUCCGGCCAGGGCCGACGGCCGGCGAUGGUGAGUGCAGCCGCCGCCGCCGCCACCGUCGCCCUCGCGGCGCGCGCCCGGGCCGCGGCCGGACCAGCCAGCGCCGAGCGCCGAGCGCCGGGCCUGGGCGGGAGGGCCGGGCGCGCCGGGGCCGCGGGGCUGGCGGGUCCCGGGUCCCCACGCUCGCUCGCUGGCUCGCACGGCCGGGGGAAGCCGGCCCGCGGGGCGGGGACGGGCCGGGGGACGGGUCGCCACCUUGGCUUCUGCCCAUCAGCCUGGCGGUGGCUACUGACUCGCAAGUGGAGGCAGAGCUGGCGGCGGAAGGGCUGGAGCUGGGCGGCCGGGCCGCUGCGAGCGAGCCAGGCGCGCUGCAGGCCAGCCCGGGGGGCCGGGUCCACCCAGACCCUUGUAAAGCCGGUGCCAACACUGGGACCCCAGGACCCCCAGAGACUGUGCCUCUAGGUGACAUGUGCUGUGUCUCUACGAUCAAGACCAGGGUUUGCUGCAAGACGAGCCCGGUCUUCCUGCGCGUUCUCGUCAGUGUCGUGUCACUCUCAUCGCCUGCCCCUCUGGGCUCUAGCAGCUCUUCCCGCAGCCGCUCACUAAGUCACGUGUCCUCGGGAGUUAGGCGUUUUGAAUUUCCGCGCUGGCCGGGAGUCCGGAUCCUCCUCCUGACCCGCGAAGCCCUGCAGACACGUCUCCCCUUUGUCUCUCCGUAUGCUUCAGGACACCCGGCCCGCCCCAGGGUCCGCGCGCGUUCUGCGGCCCCGGGACUCGGGGAGCAGAGCCCCCGGGGCAAGCAGGCAGGAGAAGGCGCGAGGGGAGGUGGCGAGACCGGGCCGGGAGGAAGGGGGAGCGGGAGGCCGGCGGCCGGGCCCCCGCGGGAGCCGCGUGCGCCGCCCCGGUGCCCGCCGCGCGCGCGGCAUGGGAAGGGGCCCGUGCGCGCAGCCAUUGGCCGGGCCGCGGGAGGCCGCGCGGGCAUUGGGCAGCGGAAGGGGGCUGGUCCACCUCCGGGAAUGUACUACGGCGCGGCCGGCACGUCCGUCCGCGCCGGAGACGAGGAGCCCGCCCGGCGCGGGCCCUGCGAGCUCGACCCUCCCACCCGCUCGGCCUGGGCUGCGCGGGCGCGGGGAGGCCGGAGACGGGGGCGCGAGCGCGCGGACGCAACCCCGCGCGCGCGCGCGCGCACACAGGCCUCCCGGGCCGGGGUCACGUGGCCGCGAGCUGCUGCGGCCGCUGCCCGCUGCACACACACAGAGCGGAGUCCCCAGGUCCCGGGAGCGAGAGCGAAGCGCUGCACGGGGGCAGAAUGGUCCAGCGGGUCGGCGAGGAGCCCAAGAAAGCAGAGUCCGGGAACAAGCAGCCACCGCGAGCCCAGCAGCCUGAGCAGCAGCUCCAGGAGCCGCCACCGCCAGCAGCAGCCGCGGGAGCGGCGGCAGCUGCCCCGGCCCGGCAGCGCUGAGACCCGCCGGGCACCCUCGGACCCCGCGGCGGCGGCGGCUUUGCGCUCGCCCUGCACGGCCGCUCGGGCGACCCGGGAGGCGCCGAGGGAGCCAGCGCGGCCGGCGGGAGCGGCGGCGAUUUGCUGGCGCUUUCUGCAGUAA